AUGAAAGUCAAGAACAUUUCGUGUUGCAUUGACGUCAAAGAUGAGCUAAGUCCACUUAUUCAAAAAAAAAGUGGAAAAAAGCAGUUCAGUGGCAAAUCCAAGUACCAUUGGAUAACGUUGGGGAGAUUGCAGUUAUUCAUGUGCCGAAAAAAAAGUAUUAUUUAUAUGCUUGAGGAUGAGCCGGGCGGGCGUGUUAAGCAAAAUGGAAAAUAUAUGAAAUAA